GUCAUGUGUUAACGCUAGCCCUGCCCUCGGUAGGCUAUUUAAGUAGUAUGUAGACAGUUUCUUGUUGAGUGGCAGACGUGCAUUUGUACGUGUGAUGAAUGGCACUGUUGUGCACUUUUAGUUUCUGAUGACUGACAACUUUGGGUUGUUUUUGUUUUGUUAUUGUCUAUAAAUUUUUUGUUAAUAGUAAUACGUGAGUGGUACCGGGUCUGAAAUGGGAGCUCAUGUCUCGAGGACUGAUUUUGAGUGGUCUUACACCGAAGAACCACACAAAAGCCGGCGUCAAGAAAUCUUGGCAAAGUAUCCCCAAAUCAAGAAGUUAUUUGGAUACGAUCCGUGGUUCAAAUGGCAAGUCACAGGUUUGGUUUUGAUUCAGUUUUUCAUGUUUUAUGUGAUGAAAAAUCAAAGUUGGCCAAUGAUAUUUCUUGUUGCAUAUUGCUUCGGAGGAGUCAUCAAUCAUUCACUAAUGCUGGCAAUACAUGAACUAUCACAUAAUUUAGCAUUUGGUCACGCACGGCCAUUGGCCAAUAAAAUGUUGGGUAUGUUUGCAAAUCUGCCUAUAGGAUUUCCAUUUGCUAUUAGUUUCAAGAAGUAUCACUUAGAACAUCACAGGUAUCAAGGAGAUGAGAAGUUGGACACUGAUAUACCAACCUAUCUGGAGGCUAAGUUGUUUUGUACAACAUUUGGCAAGUUUUGUUGGGUCGCUUUGCAGCCAUUUUUCUAUGCUUUGAGACCAGUUAUCACAUAUCCUAAAACCCCAACUACACUGGAGUACAUAAAUGUCAUUAUACAGCUUUCUUUCAACACAGUGGUAUACCACUUUUUUGGGGGUAAAAUCAUAGUUUACAUGAUUGCAGGAUCUCUGCUUGCUAUGGGGCUUCAUCCAGUAGCUGGUCAUUUUAUCUCUGAACACUACAUGUUUCGCAAAGGCUAUGAAACAUACUCAUAUUAUGGUUGUCUAAACUGGGUGACAUUCAAUGUGGGCUACCACAACGAGCACCACGACUUCCCAGCUGUACCAGGCUCGAAACUCCCUGAAGUGAAACGCAUUGCACCGGAGUACUACGACAAUUUGCCGCAACACAAUUCGUGGAUCAGCGUCUUGUAUGAUUUUGUUAUGGAUCCGGACAUUGGACCAUAUGCUCGUAUCAAAAGGAAACAUCGUGGUCUGAAGACAUAAAAGAUCUGAAGAAUUAAGUGUAAAUUUUUGUGUUCAAAAUUGUUUAAAAAUGUAGUAAUUUGUGCAUUUAUA